AUGGGAUUUCCUCAAGAUGACAAAGAUAACGACUCCAAUGCAGACAAAGUUGCAGCUGCCACAUUUAGUGUUUUGUCAGAAAUAUCAAGUCUUUUAAAUACAGGUUUGGACAAUGAAGAAUUACUGAUGUGCAUCAAACUAAUCGAGAGUGGUGUUAAUCCAGCCACUUUAGCUAUGCUUGUAAAUAAUAUUAAACAACAAUGCGAAGGUAUAUCUGAGUCGAAACGAGUCUGA